AUGUCAAUUUGUUCUGAAAGAUUCGAUUAUACAACUUUCUUCCAUUGUUUGAGAUCGUUUCCAAUUGACACUGUAGAAGUUAAAUGGGAUGGAGCAGAAAAUAUGAUUUUUUCAGAAGAUGUGAUUACCUCAGCUAGAAAUUUGAGCAUCCAAACUAGGAAAGCACUCCCAAUUGAAGCUAUUCUGAAAUUCAAAAGUUCCAGUGUACAAAUUGAUCAGAUUAUCAGUUGUGAUGACUUACUGAAAAUAUGUGAGAGCUGGUUGAAGAAUAAAAAGCCAAUUGGAAGUAAAAUCAAUAUAAGAAUAUCAACAAAUGAGAUGGUUCCAUUUAUUGAACGUUCCAAUUCAAAAUUACUGACAACGGAAGAAAAUGGAAAAAUUUAUAUUUCUAUGGAUGAAUCCAGAUCAAAAAUGGAAAUAACAAUGAUGUCAUCUGAUCGAAUAACUGUGGAAGUUGUGAAUAAAGAUUGA